AUGACCAAGAUCUACGGGGGCCACCAGCGCAACGGCGUCAUGCCCAGCUCUGUCGACGUUCAGCAUACGGUCAAGCUGGCCAAGCACAAGGAAUUGGCCGCGUACGAUGAGAACCGGUUCUAUACCGGAGCAGCUUCCACAGCCCGGCACCUGUAUCUCCGAGGCGGUGCCAGCGUCGGCUCCAUGACCAAGAUCUACGGGGGCCGCCAGCGCAACGGCGUCAUGCCCAGGCCCAGCCACUUCAGCCGCAGUUCCAAGAGCGUGGCCAGAAGGGUGCUGCAGGGGCUAAAAAUGGUGGGGAAGGAUCAGGAUGGAGGUCGCAAACUCACCCCGGGGGACAGAGAUCUGGACAGAAUUGUUGGCCAGGUGGCAGCUGCAAACAAGAAACAUUGAAAUGAAUGUCAGAUAAUUAAAAACCAGUUCCUGUUUUUUAAAUCAGGCGUUUUGUUCUUUUAAAAUGACUGAGCUCCCUUAAAAGGCAGCAUACACAAGCUGACAAAAUGCUGAGGUGGGUUUCUCUGUCCUGUGACUUUCUUUUUCAGGUUUGUUUUCAGAUAGCGUCCUUUAGAUGUCCAGCUUCUGGAAGCGAAUAAACAGCUGAACAUACAGCCGCCCUGUGUCUCAUUCAGUAUUAAUUGCAGGGUUCUUAUAAACCAAUUUUCUCAUCCGACUAUUCCAGGCAGAUAUUGGCAUGUCUAGACUAGAGAAGAAUUCCUUUAAAAUAGCAUUGUCUUUUUUUUUUCUUCUUUUCUACAAUGGGCAUUGUGUGACCUGUUUAAAUAAAAUUUAGCCUUUUUGAAACCCCAUAAAACUGACAGAUCCACUUAACUUUUGGCACGUUCCUGCCUCUCCCCUUCACCGCACACUAAUCCAGAUGUAUCCUGCAUCUUUUUGCCACAAAAAGUCUUGUCAAGAUAUACCUAUGGAUUACUCUUAGCCGUAGCAAGUUCCUGUUAGAAUACAAGUGAUCUGAAGGGCAAGAUAUUAGUUUGUUUUUAUUUGUAUUCCUAGCCACAUUAAAGA